AGAUGGAGGCAGAAACCUUCUGCAAUCAAGUGUUGCAGCAGGAACACAGAUGAGUAUUAUGAGUUACUUAGAGUUUCUGUUAACUCAAAACCAAAGGAAAUCAAAGAUGCUUACAGAAAGUUGCAGAAGAAAUAUCACCCAGAUAUUGCAGGCCAAAAGGGUCAUGAGUAUACUCUGAAGCUAAAUGAAGCUUACCACGUUUUGAUGAGAAAGGAUAUGAGAAGAGAAUAUGAUGAUACUUCUCUUAGCGGAAAAUCAAGAGAUGGGUUUUCUGAAUUAGGUUAUAGUGCAUGGAAAGGGCCUAUGAGACCCCAAGCUCUUUUUGUGGAUGAGAAUUUAUGCAUAGGUUGCAGAGAAUGUGUACACAACGCAAGAAACACUUUCACGAUGGACGAGGCUCUUGGAUCUGCAAGAGUCAAAGUUCAAUUUGGAGAUGACGAUGAGAAAAUCCAGGUAUCAGUUGAUUGCUGCCCAGUGAACUGCAUCCACUGGGUGGAAAGAGAAGAUCUGGCAGUGCUUGAAUUCCUCAAUCGUUCUCAACCAGUAGAGGCCUAUGGUGUGUUUGGAGGAGGGUGGCAAAGACCCUCAAACGUUUUCAAGGAAGCGAAAUUCUUUCAGAAGCUACUGAAACAGAGGGAAUCGGAAAUUUAUAACAAGCAAAAAAGUGGAGCAGUUCACGAAGAGACUCAAGCCCAAGCUUACGCCCGAGCCACAGCAAGUAUGAUGGUACAGAGGGAGGCGUUCUUAGGAUUCUGGAAUUGGGUGAAAGUAAAGUUUGGAUUCAAAAUGGAAAGCAGAGAAUAAGCAGUUAACUCCUAAAGUUUGUGUGCAAAAAGGUAGAAGAAACUAGGACUAAACAGUAAACAAGGGUUUGAGAGACUCGGUAUUUGGUAAUAUCAAAUAUUCUAGUAUGGUUACCAUUGUGUGCAAAUAUAACCGAUGCCCUACUAACUAAAUGCAACUCUCUGAAUCUCUGGUGCAGGACCGUAUAAU